GACCACAGCGACCCGAACACAAAGAAAAACACAUUUUGUUUUUUGUGCAUAAAGUCCGGGAUUCGUUUUCCUCCACCGCGUCCUCUCCGGUCCGGAGAGCCAGCAGCGUGCAGCCUGCGUCGCUAGUGUGUGUGUGUGUGUCUGCAGGAGGUGUCUGUGUGUGUGUGUUUUUUACCGGUAUCAUUUUUUUUCUUCCUGCAACAUGUUUUGAGCGCAAAGAGGUCUGAAACGCGGCUGCUGUCGUCGGGUGGAGACGGGUGGGGGGGGUGUUCUUCAUUGCGCAUAGGAGCGGCGGAUCGUCUCUGCUGGACCCGGCUCCGCGGCGCUCCACGGAGGGAGCCGGAGAAGAAGCUCUUCUGUGGGAGGCGGCGGCGGGAGGAGGAGGAGGUGUUUUUUUCUUUCUCGGAGAAUCAAAUCUGGAAAUACACGGCGGUUGAAAAAAUGACGAUGUCCGUCCCGGAGAGGAAAUCAGGAUCGGAGGGAAAGGAGGAGGAGAGCGAGGAUGAGAGCGAGAUCGUGGAGGAGAGCCCGUGCGGCCGCUGGCAGAAACGGAAAGAGCAGGUGAGCCAAGGUAAUGUCCCAGGUGUGGAGAGUGCCUCCCUGGCCAUGGACACGGAGGAGGGCGUGGAGGUGGUGUGGAACGAGGUCCUCUUCUCUGACAAGAAGGUCUUCAAAGCACAAGAGGAGACAAUCAAGGAGAUGUUUGAGAACCUGAUGCAGGUCGAACACCCCAACAUUGUCAAGUUUCACAAGUACUGGCUGGACAUGAAGGAGAGCCAAGCGAGGGUCAUAUUCAUCACAGAGUACAUGUCGUCGGGCAGCCUAAAGCAGUUUCUCAAGAAAACCAAGAAGAACCACAAGACGAUGAACGUAAAGGCCUGGAAGAGAUGGUGCACCCAGAUUCUCUCGGCCCUCAGUUAUCUGCACUCCUGCGAGCCUCCAAUAAUCCACGCCAACCUGACCUGCGACACCAUCUUCAUUCAGCACAACGGCCUCAUCAAGAUCGGCUCAGUGUGGCACCGGCUAUUUGUUAAUGUGUUCCCGGAUGCCAGCGUUCACAGUAAAGCGAGGCAGCACCGGGACGAGCAGAGGAAUCUUCAUUUCUUUGCUCCGGAAUACGGAUCCGGCGAAGACGAUUAUGCCACCGACAUCUUCUCCUUCGGCAUCUGUGCUCUAGAGAUGGCGGUACUGGAGAUCCAGGCCAACGGAGAUAUUGCUGUGUCCAAGGAGGCCAUCGUCAAUGCCGGUCAAUCUCUUGAAGACCCCCUCAUGAGAGAGUUCACCCAGUCCUGUCUGCGCCACGAAGCCAAGCUCCGCCCCACGGCUCACGACCUGCUGUUCCACCGCGUCCUGUUCGAGGUCCACUCCCUCAAACUGCUCGCCGCCCACUGCCUCAUCAACAACCAGUAUUUGCUCCCGGAAAACUGUGUGGAGGAGAAGACCAAGUCCUUCGACCCCAACGCCGUCAUGGCGGAGAUUAAGCACGACGACCGAGAGGGAGCGCAGCUCAAAUAUUCCCACGUGUCCCCUCUGGAGCUGGACAAGUUUCUGGAGGAUGUGAAGAACGGGAUCUACCCCUUGAUGAACUUUGCCUCCUCCCGGCUUCACCCCGUCCCCCGAGCCCUGUCCUUGUCCCAGGAGCAGGUGGAGACGGUCAAGACGCCGACGCCUGAACCCCAGGAGACAGAAUCGAGGAAGGUUGUCCAGAUUCACUGUAAUUUGGAGUCAAAUGAAGAAGGGACCAAAACGCACCUCUCUUUGUUUCUGAAGAUGGACGACAAACUUCAUAGGCAGCUUAGCUGUGACAUUCUUCCAACCGACUCCUCCAAAGACCUCGCCAGUGAGCUCGUUCACUACGCCUUCAUUAAUGAGGAGGACAGCGAGAAGGUGGCAGGGUUCCUUGAGGACGCCAUCUGCCGUCACCGGGUCCGAGGGCUGGCUUCCGGGACCACUCAGUGAGGAGGAGGAGGAGGAGGAGGAAGGGGGAGGGUGGUGGUGAUGGUGGGGGGGGUGGUCACAGCAGCGGCUGGCCCAGACAGAGACGCCCCGGGCUUUGACGGCCCGCACUUAGUGGGGGAGCUGAAGAAUGGAGGCACAAAUACGGAAAGGACGGCGAACCCGGAAAUCAUCCCAGUGGGAGAAGAGGGGACGCCGGGAACCCAAGUCACCUCUGAUUGGCGGGGGGAGGGGGUGGGGGGGGCGGAGACCCCGGAUGUGUUCAGCGAGCCCACGAAGCAAAGCGGUGGAAGAUUUAGCUUUUCCAUAAUGCCGCUACUCGAAACGAAUCCGUUUUACUCAGAGAUGCAGCAGAUGGGGGUUUUCAGAAGGACUUUUAAUGAGCCCCCUCCAAGGGCCACUUUGAUUGGUGAUGCUAUUCUUUGGAGCCAUUUACUGCAGCCUCUCUCCUGUACAAGAAAGAACUCGGCCCAUGACAGUUUUAGGAAUUUAUUGUUCCGUCCAACAUGCACUGACACUACUCAUUCAGUUAACUUAUUUAUUUAUGUUCAACUGUGAACAAUAGACGCUCUCCACGAGCGGUUUCUUUUUAAAAUUCCUACAGAGUCACAGAGUUAACACACCCAACUGGGCUCCCAGAGAGAAUCACACCAUGCCUAGAUGUAGUGACGAGCAAUGAGACGAUGCCUCUCUUUUCUUAAGGCUUGGAAUGAGCUGCAGCUCAUCGUAAUAGAUCACAGGAAGUGCGUGAACUAAGAUAAUAGUCUUAUACUGUAUAAAUGGCAGGAGGUGUGAUGGUGAUGUAGGCUUACGACUUGUUUAAAAUGUGUUGUUUAAUAUUACUGCAGUUGGCCACUUCUGCGGUAUUUUCCAAACCACCUGAGCAUACUGUGGAAUGCCAAACGGGUUUUGUGUCUAGAGGAGGUUUUAAAGGAAGAAUCUACCCCCGAAAAUCUUUAGGAAUGUAUCAUUUUAGCAUUUUUGUCUUUUAUGUAACAGUCAACACACGCUCGCCUCUGGUCUGGAGGUUUACACGGGCUGCAGGCGAUAAUCGAUUGGAAUUGAUUGUGCACACAAAACGUAAAAAACAGCAAGCACUCCCUCAGCUCUGCGGGAAUUUUCUUGACACGAGUCCAACCUUGGCGCCGUUUUUAAAGAAUGACGGAUUGUUCGUUUUACGAAACCAGAGCACAAAAACAAAGCAAUGGUGAACUGCCUGGUCGCAGCAGUGUAAUUGUUUGUUUUUUGGGUCUCAUUUAGCUUGGCUUCAUUCGUUUCCCAGUUCCGUGAAGUCGUGGCUUCACGUCGACUGCUGUACAGUCAUUGCUUACAGUACUUAUUACUCUACUCUGUGUCAGGCCUUCUUACUUCCCGUGUCUCUGAAGACGGGAAUCAUGAAUUCUCACCGACAGCGUCAGCGACUUAGGGGAGGGUGGUGUACAAUAUUUGUUCGUGGCUUUUAAAGGGGUUUAGUUUUUUUUGACACAUUUUCACACACAAAUAAGUGCCACCGUUGCUCUCUUUUGAUCUAGUAUGCUGCAUGUCUUAAUAGCCUGCAACCAUUCAAAACUUAACAUUUUGCCUUUGUCAGUCACAGUUCCGUUUCGCAGGGGACCUGACCAAGAAAAUGAAUGUUUUUGACUGUGAACAUGAAAGAAAACAUCCAUAUCAGUCUCAUUUUAUGUGAAAUUACUUGUUUUCUCGUGAAGCUGUUGAAUGAAAUUUGCCUUUUUGAUGUGUUAUACUUAAACCUUUGUUAAAUAUAGAGGCUACUACAAUUAAAUAAAAGACAAUACAACAUGUGA